UCUUUUUACACAUAGCAAGGACAAUACGGUUAGCAUCUAAUCAUUUGUAGUCAGAAGACUGCAGUAGUUUGUGUCAGUGAAAUUUCCGCUGUUCACCAAGUGGUGUCUGUGUCUCCCCUGGCUUUGGUUGGUUGCUUUCCGUGGUGAACGUUGCUGGUUGUUCUGUGAGCUGCUCCGGCCCCUCCCCGGCCGCCUCCCGCUGCAAUAUGUUCAAGAGGAUGGCUGAAUUCGGCCCCGACUCAGGAGGGAGAGUGAAGGGUGUUACCAUAGUGAAACCUAUAGUUUAUGGAAAUGUGGCACGUUAUUUUGGGAAAAAAAGAGAAGAGGAUGGGCAUACUCACCAGUGGACUGUUUAUGUAAAACCAUAUCGAAAUGAGGACAUGUCUGCUUAUGUGAAAAAAAUUCAGUUUAAAUUACAUGAAAGUUAUGGAAAUCCUUUGAGAGUUGUAACAAAGCCACCUUAUGAAAUUACUGAGACGGGUUGGGGUGAAUUUGAGAUCAUAAUAAAAAUAUUUUUUAUUGAUCCUAAUGAGAGACCUGUUACCUUGUAUCAUUUGCUGAAGCUUUUUCAGUCUGACACAAAUGUAAUGCUAGGGAAGAAGACAGUGGUCUCAGAAUUCUAUGAUGAAAUGAUUUUCCAGGACCCUACAGCAAUGAUGCAGCAGCUUUUAACAUCAUCUCGGCAGUUAACUCUUGGUGCUUAUAAGCAUGAAACAGAGUUUUCAGAACUGGAAGCAAAAACACGAGACAAGGUAGAAGCAGCAAAGAAAAAGAGCAGCUUUGAAAUCUCAGAACUCAAGGAAAGAUUAAAAGCAAGCCGGGAAACCAUAAACUGUUUGAAAAAUGAAAUCAAGAAACUUGAAGAUGAUGAUCAGACAAAAGAUAUAUAACUGGUUUCCACAGCUUAUCUAAAUCUACUGUCUGUAAAUAUGUAUAGUUGGUUAUUUUGCAGACCUGUAAAUACUGUUUUGUAUACACUUUUUGUUAAUUGUCAGAGUGGGUAUUCUUGUAACAUUUUACUUGUUUUUAAAAUAUUUUUGUAUUUUUUCCACAUGCUUGUUUUGUUUGUAAAAGAACACAUGUUUCAUAAGGUGAUCUAUUCUUAAGGCCUCCUAGUUAUAUAACAUGAAAACAAGGGAAAAAAUAGUAUGCAGUGAUAACGGGUGCAAUACUGAAAAAGGCAAAUGGAAGUCAUUAGUUUGUGUCCUGUAUGUGUUUGUUUUUUUGUGCUGCUUUUUGGAAAAGUGCAGGAGUAAGCAAAACUGAGUGGGUCAAUAUAUAUUUAAAAUGAAUAAAUAAAGCAGCCUAUUUUUCAAA